AUGACAGUCUCUUACACACUGGAGGUGGCUGACGUCAGGUUUGGUGGCUUCUCCAAGCUCCUGUUCAGGUGGAAGGGGAGCAUCUACAGGCUGCUCUACAAGGACUUCCUGGUGUUUUGUGGGGUGUAUCUGUUUUUCAGUGUGUUUUACAGGUUCCUCCUCUCGCCAAAGCAGCAGGACCUGUUUGAGCGUAUCGCCCUUUACUGUGAUCAGUUCACCAACACCAACUUUAUCCCAGUUUUGUUUGUCCUGGGUUUCUAUGUGAGCCUGGCCUUCAAUCGUUGGUGGGGUCAGUACACCAGCUUCCCGCUGCCUGACAACCUGAUGAUGGUGGUGUCCGGAAACGUCCACGGGGCCGACGAGAGGGGUCGUCUGCUGCGACGGACCCUCAUGAGAUACGCCAACUUAUCCUCAGUUCUUAUUCUCCGCUCCAUAAGCACAAGAGUUCACAAGCGUUUCCCCACUUUGGAGCACAUUGUGGAGGCUGGAUUUAUGACCACGCAUGAGCUGAAAAACUUUGAGUCGCUGCACUCUGAUUUCAACAAGUACUGGAUGCCUCUGACGUGGUUCUCAAACCUGGCAGCCAGAGCGAGAGAGGAGGGUCGAGUGAGGGACGACAUAGCUCUGAGGCUUCUGAUGGACGAGCUUAACAAGUACAGAGGCAAGUGCAGCCUCUUGUUCCACUAUGACUGGAUCAGCAUCCCUCUGGUCUACACUCAGGUAGUAACUAUUGCAGUUUACUCCUUUUUUGCCUUCUGUGUGAUUGGCCGACAAUUCCUGAACCCUGAGAAGGGAUACAAGGAUCACAAACUGGACAUGUACGUCCCUGUUUUCACCCUGCUGCAGUUCUUCUUCUACACUGGCUGGCUCAAGGUUGGGGAGUUGAUCAUCAAUCCAUUUGGCGAGGACGAUGAUGACUUUGAAACCAACCAGCUGAUCGACCGAAACAUUCAGGUCUCGAUGCUGGCUGUGGAUGACAUGUACCAGAACCUGGCUCCCAUUGUGAAGGACAAGCACUGGGCGCAGAGUAAUUUCUCUAUCCCUUACACUCUGUCGACAGCAGCAGAGACUCUCAAACCAGCUUUCAAAGGCUCCACCUUUGACAUGAGGAUGAGUGCAGAGGAUCUUGAGAUUCACCAGCCUGAAGAAGCUCCUGUACAGAAACAGUAUUUCCCUCUGAAGGGCUCUCUGGGUGAUGGUCUCAACAGUCUUCUGCAGAGGGGUAAAGGCAUCCUGCGUGGCGGGAGCCUCCCUUCUCUGAUGGACGUCUCAUCACACCCAAACGAGGAAGAGGAUGCUGAUGUUUCCCCUGAGGGUGACGUCAGUGCCGCCAACCACAAAGAACAAGAAAAGACAUUGAUUAAAAUUGCAGUGGAACAUAACUAGUGAAAAUAACCCGACUGUGAUGUAACCCCUUUAUCUGUAACCAAAAGUGAAAACUGUUAUUGUAUGAAAUAUUUUUUGAUUUAACGCAAGUGAAUUUAUUUGUGAAAUAAAAUAUAUUAUUAUGACA